AUGAAAAGUAUAUUUAGAUAAUAAAAAAGACUUGACUUAAAGGUCUUAGUUACCAGGUCAUGAAAUCCUAAAAAAAAGUAUUUGCUUAUCAAAAUUAUUGUUUACUUGUUACGAUCGUCAAAAUUCGUAUCUAUCUCGUAAAUUAUUAUGCUAUGAGAAAUAUCACUGUUUGUAAAGUGAUGUGUGGACGUAGAGACGUGUGUUUAUUUUGUUACAAUUAGAAUACACUUUCACUUUUUCGCGAUUCACAUAGUAAAUCACUUUGAGGAUUUUGAUUCUGCUCAAUGUCUCGAACAAGGAACUUUCUGUACGGAACUUUAAUUUAUAUUUGAGAAAGAUGGUGUACAAAAAUUGUUUUGUUGUAUUUAUUAUUUUCGCGGUAGUGAAAGUUCAGGCCGUGGGUUUCGACACAGAAUUAUUCGAGACAGCUCCUUGUGAUAGCAAUGCCUGUUUUGAUUCGCUUCAUGGUUCGCUCGGUGAUUGCUCUUGCAAUGUCGAUACGAUUGACUAUUUCAACAAUGUAAAAAUAUUUCCUCGUAUCCAGAGUUUAGUGAGCAAGGAUUACUUUCGCUUCUACAAGGUAAAUUUGAAGAAGGAGUGUCCAUUUUGGGCUGAUGAUAGUAGGUGCGCCAUGAAAUAUUGUCACAUUAAAACCUGUUCUAAAGAAAGUGUCCCUGGUUAUGAUAGUGAGUAUGAAAAUGAGUAUUUGGAAGAAUCUCCAGCUACAAAGUAUUCUGAGAAUACACAAAGCAAAUGUAAAGGAGAUUCUGAUCAUGAUCCAGAUCUGGGUUACUUGAACAUGACUAUUAGUGCUGCUAAUCAAUUUGAAAUAGCCAAAUGGAAAGCCUAUGAUGAUUCAGUUGAAAAUUUCUGUCAGAAUGACGACAAGGAUGUUGAGGCAGAAUAUGUUGACCUUUCAUUGAACCCAGAACGGUAUACAGGAUAUAAAGGACCAUCAGCACACAGGAUAUGGAGAAGUAUCUACCAGGAAAAUUGCUUUCGUCCAAAGUCGAAUCCAUAUGAGUCGUUUCCUCAUGUCCUCAGUUCAGAUUUGGGUAAUAUGUGUUUAGAGAAAAGAGUAUUUUAUCGUGCAGUAUCAGGUCUUCAUAGUAGCAUUAACAUUCAUUUGUGCUCUAAGUACUUACUAUCAGAAAAGGGAAUAGGCUUUGCCGCUUCUCCUGAAGGAGAAUGGGGUCCCAAUAUUGCAGAAUUUCAGAGGCGAUUUGAUCCAUCACAAACAUUUGGAGAAGGACCCAACUGGCUCAAAAACUUGUACUUUGUAUACCUAUUAGAAAUGAGAGCACUAGCAAAAGCAGGUCCUUAUUUGGAACGUGAAGACUAUUUUACAGGAAAUCCAACUGAAGAUGAAGAAACAAGAAAUGCCAUUAGUAACAUGCUCGGUAUUAUAUAUACAUUCCCAGAGCAUUUUAAUGAGUCUCUAAUGUUUAAUGGUGGUCUUCAAGCAACACAGUUGAAAAAUGAGUUCCGAGAACACUUUAGGAACAUUUCAAGAAUUAUGGACUGUGUUGGAUGUGAUAAAUGUAAAUUGUGGGGUAAAUUGCAGACUCAAGGAUUGGGCACAGCUCUGAAAAUCCUUUUCUCUGGUAAAUGGGACAGUGAGGGUGAUCCUGACCAAGGCAAACUACCAUUGAGGCAUAAAUCUAAUAAGAGGCUUCACCGAUCCGAGAUAGUUGCACUUUUUAAUGCUUUUGCAAGAUUAUCCAACAGUAUACGGGAACUAGAAAAUUUCAGGAAUAUGCUAAGUGGACAUUCGUCGGAAGUUCGCGGUAAUGUUUUCUCGGGAGGUGAUAGUAAGAGAGUGAGUGCCAAUUCUGCAUGUGGUUCUGGAAGCAAGAAACCGGCGAAAUGGAGUUAGAAAGACCAAGAUCUGGUUGUAUAUAUUUGUAUAGAUCGGUGUAUUUAUUAUUUCAGUAUGAAAUGCUAGAUAAUGUAAAUAAGAAUAUGUAUUACUAAAAAUAAUAUAUACUUAACUAUUUGAUUACCAAACGAUUGUAGGUAAUUUAUAAGAAAAGUUUUUGUAAGGGCAAAGCGACUACUUAAUACAACAUAAUUGUUUUUUUGCAAUUCCAGAUCAAUGAAUCAAGUCAUAUUUUAUAUGUAUACAGUAGAGACGAAAAGAAUAUCCGGUAACUAUCCGGUAAAAAUUCAAUCUCCUUAUCUAUUGGAUUUUGUUUUUCUUGAUCGCGGACAUGACUACCACUAUUAUCCUAUGGCAUUAAAUUGAACCAGUCCCAAAAAGUGUCGUGAAGUUCACAUGUGAAGUUGGAUCUCAUUUCAUCUUGGAUCUCGUUCAGCGCGCCCAUAUUCAAAUCAGACUGAUUUGUGUAACGCGAUAAAGGGCUGAAUAACCGGUAGCCGGAUAUCCGACGCUCCGGGCUCGUAGCUUGCCGAAUAUCCGGUAUCGGGCCAAACCACUAUCCGUUUCAUCUUUAGUAUGUAUCGCUUAACUAUGAUCUAAAUUAUGUAUUGAAAUCUGGUGAACGUAUUGUUAGUACCUGAUUAACAUGUUAUGGUAUCUAAUGUGCUUACAAUCUCCAUCCUGUAUUGAUGUAGGCAAGUUAUACAUUAGUCGUUGUUUCGAUAACAACAAUUACUAGUUUCAGAGCUUACUUCGCGUCGGUAUUAGAUAAUUCACUCAGCGCAAAAUGGCCGCGUGACGUCAUAACACCGCACGACGCUCAGCGCCCGCUCUCAUAAUAGGUGAGUGUAGGGUUGUAACGUUACAGUGGUUGGUGAUGCAUUACGACUGUCAUAACUUCACUGCCGUCAGCAUAUGAUAGUAUUUCACAGACUUAACACCGUCAGUCAUAUUUAAGAGAUAGUGAUAUUGACACACAAAGUAUCCUGCCCCAAAUUAGGCAUAGCCUGUGCUAUGAGUUAACGAUAUCUUUAAUACGAUAUACUUACUUAAACAUACAUAAAUACAUAUAAACAUCCAUGACUCGGAAACAAACAUCCAUAUUCAUCAUAUAAAUGUUUGAACCUACCGGGAUUCAAACCCGGCACCUCAGCUCAGUAGGCAGGGUCACUAAACAUUGGGCAAUAUAGGUCGUUAUGUUUAAGAGAUGAAAAGUUGUAGUACUUACCUAUAAAUAAUAAUAACAUGUACCUAGAUAUCGUGAGAUACCUUAUGAAAUUACUUGUUCUCUGCAAGCCAUGACUGUUUAUUUUGAUUAUAGAGAGCUUAGAUUUCGCGAAAGCUUGAAGAGAAGGUAACACAAUAUUUUUCGAGUUGUGACGUUUUUCACGUGUCGAGACUCGACUUUUAUGUUCUACUGUAUUUGGAAUCAAUUUGUUUUGGUUAUAUUUUUCCUCUCUCUCUAUACCCAGUGUGCGUCACUGACGAUCUAAAGACGGUGUGGCAAAGGCGUGACGCCAAGAUGAUAAAAAAUUAUAAGUAGAGCUUUUUGACUCACAUAUUGUGAAUUAUUUUUGUGUAUUAUAUUAAAGUUACUUUUUAGUCACACUCCUAAUGAUUUGUAUCUUCUGAUGUUUGUUCCUAAUGAUUUGUAUAUACAGGCCAGAUAAGUAGUACCGUCGACUCUCAAUACAGAUCCCCCCGGCUGAAUCGUUGCCUCCGCCACUACGAAUUCGGUUUAUGAUUCGAAUUCGUAAUAUAUUUUCUCGACGCUUUAUAAGACAAUGUCUCUUGUCUGUUCCCUUACCAUCAGGUAAACCCGUAUCUGUGCUCGUUUGGUCUCCUCUUCCAUAAGAAAAUAAUUGAAAAACCGACUAUUGCCAGUUAUUGCAGGAAGCAUAUUUUGAGAAUUUCAUAAGCGUUGUCGAUGAAUUUCUAUAGAAUUGUGGUUGUACUUAAAUGUUCCGAGACAACACGACAGUUGACUAUGAUAUUUUCUAGAUAUUAAUUAAUUUCCAUUUUGUGUCAUUUUUAUUAUUUCGACGAUGAUUAAUUUACAUCUUCAAAUAUUUAAUGCUUUCAAUCAAAAAAAAUCUUCAUAAGAUGAAUCUUAUGAAGAUGAAUCUUCAAUAUAAUAAUUUCAUACAGAAGUGAACUUCUGUAUGAAAUUAUUAUAUAAAAUUAUAUUAUUAUAUUAAAGUCAAAAAAUGAACUCUAUUCAAAUUAAAUUAUUUGGGGUAACCUUUGAACUAUAAGAAUUUAAGAAACAAUUAUUGUAGUAUUAUAACCUACAAUGGAAAAAAAUAAGGUGAACAUAUUAUUUAAUAUUACUUAUGAAAUAGAGUUUCUUGUUUAUGUCAACACAUUUAUAUAAAUACUAUGUAUGUUAUAAUAUUAAUCAUUUAUCUAUUAUGUUUGUUUAAAUAUUGUUUAGGAUCGUUUGCGUGUAGCGUUUAGCGGCACGAUUCAGACAAAGGCUCGUGCCAAGUAAUUAGCCGAGUGAUAAGCGUGAAGCAUACUAACACCUGCCGUCACAACAUACCGCUUUAUUACGAAUUAAAUGAAUAAUAAAAAACAACAAUAAUAAAACGAAUACGCGUUAGUAAAACCGUUAAGCCCGAAUUCGUGACCCGCAUCGAGGCUGAUACAUUAUUAAUAAUAUGAAACUAAAAAAGAUCGAGAAAAAGAAAAUUAAAUUACUUUCUUAAAAAUUUUGUAUAUUUAAAAUAAGGAUCUUAAAUGGUUCUAAAUAUUUAUGAAAAUAAUGAACUCGUUCAGGCCAUAACAUAAUAGUUUAUGUAGAUUGAAUAAGAAAUUAAAAGAUACAUACAUACAUACAUACAUAAAAUCACGCCUCUUUCCUGUAGGCAGAGACCACUUCUUUCCACUUGCUACGAUCCUUACAUACUUGUUUCGCUUCGUCCACUUUCAUUAUUUCUUUCAUACGUGCCCUCCGGUUGAGGGUACUUUUGACCUGGCCUUUUUUCAAGACGUCCCUGAUUUGAUCUUGAAACGUCCGCCUAGGUCUACAUCCAACACUUUCAUCCACACUGGCCUUAUAUACUUUCUUCGUCAAUCGUUCUUCAUAUGAAUGAUCUCUCGACAUGUCCAAACCAUCUCAGCAUACCUUUCUCAAUUUUUGUCACAACAUCUUCUUUCAGACGUUUCCUUAUCUCACUAUUUCUUAUCCUGUCACUAAGUUUAACUCCUAUCAUACCACUCAACGCUCUUAUCUCAAUAAUUAAUUAAUUCCCUUUGUACCAAAAGCUCCAUUCAUAGCAGUUACCAUCUCCUGCAACUCCUCGGCCAUAGAUGCAAGUAAUACUUGGUCAUCAGCAUAGAGAAAACGUUUGACGAGUAACUCAUUCAUUCUCAACCCACUCUCAUUUUCUUUUAAAUCUGUCAAGCAAUUGUUUAUGAACAGAUUAAACAGCCACGGUGACGCUACACAUCCCUGUCUAACACCUUUUUCCAUAUUAAACCAUUCAGUGUAUGCCUCGUUUAUCCUUACACAAGCACUAGAAUCUAUAUAAAGAGAUUGCAAUGCUCGUAUGAGGACACUGCUCACACCGUUCGCGGACAAUGCUGACCACAAUUCAUUCCUCAACACUCUAUCAUAGACCUUAUCUAGAUCCACGAACGCCCAAUAGACCUUGUUUUUAGCCAAAAUCUUUUCGGCUAUGCACCGCAAGGAAAAGACCUGAUCCGUACAUCCCAUUUUAAAUCCCGCUUGUGCAUCCCAUACUUUUUGUCUGUUUCAUUCACAACUCUUUCAAUCAACACUUUUGCAUACAAUUUACCGACGACGCUUAGAAGGAAAUUAAAAGAUAAGAACCAUUAUUCCAAAUUUUAUUUUACAUGGAAAUGGUUUGCUAUUUAAAUGUAAGUAACAUGCUAAAAUAGAAAAUUUAUAUUGUAUAGUGAUUACAUUCAACAUGGCGCCCUUCCAUCCACAAAGUAGACGCGGUUGUUUGUCAAAACGACAUAAUAUCAAUACGCCAUUAUUAUCACAUUAGUGUUAUAUUUCAUUACUAAAAAAAAUAGUUUUAAUUACACCACUGGAGUAGAUGUUAACUCGUAUAUUAUAUUAGUUAAUUAUAAUUAUGUCUUCAUAUUUCCCAAAUUUUUACAAAGACAAAUACCAAUUCUUUCGCUUUAUAUCAUUUUGGUCCCUCUCCUUUCUUCGUUGACUUUUCAUAAUAUUAUUACUAUAACAGUAAAGUCUUCUCCGGGCUAUUUAUAAUCUUAUUAUUAUUUUUUUAUUAUAAAAUAAACACAAUAACAUGGUAAAUAUUAAUUUAUCGAAAUUGAUCGAAGUUAUCGAUAACGUUUGUGUGUUUGCAAUAGACGAUCGUUUACUUUUAUCUAAUAUAUAAAAUUCUCAUGUCGCGGUGUUUGUAUUUAAACUCCUUCGAAACGGCUGGACCGAUUCUCAUGAAAUUUUGAGAGCAUAUUGGGUAGGUCUGAGAAUCGGACAACAUCUAUUUUUCAUUCCCUUAAAUGUUAAGGGUGGUCCACGCCAAUGUUUUUUUUUUUAUAAUUUUGACAUUUUUUUUUAAAUUUGUUUGAUUAUGAGUCAACAUUAAAAAAUACAUACAACUUCAAAUUUUCACCCAUCUACGAUUAACAGUUACUUUUGUAUCGCGAUUGUAAUAUCGGCAAUACAACGUUUGCUGGGUCAGCUUUUCAUAUAAAAUUCCAGAUUUAUUCAAAAAACAAAUGUUUUGUUCUGAGCUAAUAUUUGUAUUUGGAAGAAUGUGAACACAUUGUGUUGACCUUGCAAUGAAAUGUAUUUUCGUGAUUUGACUAAAUGUUAAUGACUAAACUAGUCGUCGAGAGAAAAUAUUCACAAUUAUUACUUUUUUAAAUCGUUAUUUCAUCGGGCUAUGCUAUGUGUGACACACGAUUUCUCGCAGAAAUGAAUUUAAUUACGUUGAUAUUUUGGCACUUUCUCAUUGCUUGCACCGGUAUUCCUCUUCGGCAGUCAAUGCUGCAGGCAUACAGUUUUGUUCGAUUCAGUAAUGCUUAUUACCGUUUGGUGUUGAGACACUUUGAUCGUGGGGAGUGAUAGAGGCGCAGAGAGUGUACAUUGUACAAAUAACUAUCUACGCUUCUCUUUUGAUCGCUUCGCUAUAUUUAGCUACCGGAAACACUAGAGCUGGCAUUUGUUUUAGACAUCAGACCAGCCUUGUAUCAUACCACGCGGGAAUGCUGCGAGUGUGGUUGAUAAACUAUCAUGUAAUGGUAAAUGUUAUUACUUGUUGAGUAUUUAGGUCCUGGGAUACACACAUAUUGUGACACCUUUGAUCGGUGUGUAAACUCGGUAAAACAUGUCUUCCCAGGGAUUAGACCAAGCUAGAUAGGUUUCUCGCCUUUCGCAUUUCGAUUUGCGCAAAAUAUAGAUACAAAGAUUGGUCGUUUGAUAGUAGGUAUAAGGAUUAAUUGUUCUCUACUCCAUAUAUAAUACAUAUUCCUAAUAUUUUACGUCUAGUCAGUAUGCAGAAUGCUUACCAUUAUCGGAAAUAUUAAUAUAUAUACAUAUAAUUAAGAUUGUGAACAAUAUGUUGAACCAUUUGUGAAAAGUUACUCCAAGAUUAAAAUUACUUCUCCCUGUCAUGUAAUUCUGUUGUAACAAAGUUAAAGUAUAGACAAAAAGAUUUAAAUUUGGAGUAAUUUUACUCCGCGUUUAUUAACAUCACAGAGUAAGCCCGGCAAUUUGACUAGUUACGCCGUUAUUCCAACCGAAACACAAUAAUGCUUCACGACUGAUAAAGCCCACAUCAUUUGUAAAACAGCCUCCCACUUGUGUCAAUUUGAUGAUAACUGCUUCGAUAACUAUUAGGUCACCGUAUGACAUUGGUAUUAAAAACAGAUCACUAUAUUUAUUGUAUCGAGAUACCUUGACAGACCUAUAAAUUAUCAAAUAAUAGUCAACGUAUUAUAUUUGGCACCCGAUAUAGUCGCCCUAGCCAAUUUUAUUGAAACACGUUUUGACGUACCAGCAAAUAACCGUUUAUGUGCAAUAAUUUUGAUGAUUUUCGAAAGGUGUUUUUUUUUGUUUUUCGUCACUAAUACUUAGUACUUUCUGAAUAACAGUUUGGUGGUAGAAAUCCUGUUAUGUAAUUUCGACGAGUAAACACACUGAAUGUGUUUGAAUAAUUUUAAGCGUUAUUGUCUUAAAAUUAAUAAUUUUUCGGUGAUGCUGUGGUUUCAGUUUACAGGAGUUUGUUGCCUUAGUUUUAUUUAUUUUAUAGUUUUAUGUACUUAUAUACAUUACAUUGCUAGUUUUGUGUUACUUAUAAGUAUUAGCUUAAUUGUUAUUUAUUGAAUUCCAGUUUAUUUUCUAAACUUUACGUAAUGUGUACUAAUAUUUUAAUCUGUCACCUGUUUAUCGCCAUCUUAUUUUUUGCUAUUGACAGCAAGAUGCAAGAUUUGUUUUCAGCACUUUCGCAUAAGACUUUGUUGACUACGAUGGCUCGAUAAAUAUACUUUUUACUUGGUCAGACAACACACUUUCCUGAUACAUCUCUACGUCGAAACCGUCUGAAGCAAUAUUUUACAUGGCUUUAAGACGUUAACAAAACCGAUUUAGUAAUAUAUUACACUUACCUACUUAGUAAGAUACAACACGGUUAUCUAGUGAGAUACACGUGGCUAUCUAGUGAGAUGCACGUGGCUAUCUAGUGAGAUGCACGUGGCUAUCUAGUAAGAUACACGUGACUAUCUGCAACAAAAAUUCUAAAGAGGACAUUUUAAUCUACUGUUGCUUCAUUGAACAAUUUGUUGGCUGCUAAUUAUUAGGUGCUACACUAAUUAUCCAACUGGACUUAAUUAAUUAUGACAAUCAUUAUUAUUAGUAAGUUAUUUUAGUGUAACUACGCAAUCGUCACAAUUAUUUUUUAAUUAAAUUUAUAAAUACUUUCACUUGAUUGUAUUACGCAAUAUGAAUUUUGCUUGAACAGACCAUUACUUACUUUUUGACUUAGAUAUUAUAAUUAGUUGAAAUGUUGUAUAUUAUUAUUGCAAAUAUUUAUUUGCCUUUGCUUAAAAAUAUUUGUGUGUUAUGUAUUUUAAUGGUACUCAUAAAUUAUAGGGAGUAUAGGAGUAACGCAAAUAGUUAUUUGACAGUGAUAAUUGAUACUUAUGUUACAACAAAAGUUAACAAUUAAGUAAUUUGGGAAUGCAUGAUUUGGUUAAAGAAGAUGUGCAACGUAACAGAAUUUUGAUUUAAUUAUUUAGAAUUAUUUUUAUAUGGAUUUUAAAAUUAAUUAUAAUAUAUAUGUGAUUAUUUCUCACAACGUUUUGUCACGAAUUAAAGUUAUGUAAAUUAAAUUAUUUGUAUAUUGGUCAUUUUAACUUAUUAAAAAUGUAGAUGUAAGUUAAGGUGGACAUGAUUUUGUUAAACUUCUACUAAUUUAUAUUUAAAAAUAAAAUUUUACAGGUUUAUAGAGUACAUUUUAUAUAAUAGUGUUAGGCAUAAUAUUGUUUUUGAGUUCAAUUAAUUAUUUUAUGUCUGUGAUUUUGAGGUAUUUUGUUGAUCAUGACAGUGUAACGUUUAAGUAUUUAUAAAUAUAUAAUUUAUUUUUUAAA